AUGGCUGCACCACGCGUUCCGGCGGAGUCACUACAGCCACUGUCCACAUCAGCCCUGCUCUCAGCGGAUCCCCAGACGGCGGCGACGAGUUCCUUGAGGCCCAGGAGGAACCGCCGGUUGGGCAACUCAAGAGAGGAGGAUGGCUUGCGCUCAUCGCCGGCUCCAGCCUGUGACGUUGCCUCGUCGUACGACGACUUGGCGGGCGACGAGCCAAGCAGGCCGAAAGCUUACACCAGAUCCGGCGUGGGCACAGGCAACAUCUUUGGUCAGAGUCAAGGCACCAACGUCGGCACCUUGGGCCAGUUUCUCGGCGACUCGUGGUCGCAGAGCUGGAGCUCGGUCCAGGGUCUUGCCUCAACCCUCCUGUCAUCGGGUGCUGUCACUCCGCAAAAGACCUCCACCUUCCAACCGUCGCCCCCUCAGUACCGAGCGACUGGACAGGUUCAUAGCCGGGACCGCAGAUACUCGAGGAAUGGAAGCAUCAGCAAGAGCACCGGAUCAUGGGGACCAGCACCUCCGUCUCGCAACCCCACGCUGACAGACUUGGCCGCUGGAUCUCUAGCAGGAAGGGAAUCCGCUUGGAAGGCCGCUCAAACUGCGAGCAUUCUGGAGGGCCAUGAUGGCGUCAACGGCAGGCUAGACGCGGCAGGAAGGCACAAGCGUCGCAACUCUGACGAUGCGACGCUUGCCAUGUCGGUGCCAGAGAAUUGUCUCGUCUAUGUUCAUCGUGUCCAGACGGAUGACACCUACGCUGGCCUCAUUGUCCGUUAUAAGUGCCGGGAAGAUGCGUUUCGCCGCUCCAAUGGGCUCUGGAGCCGGGACACGAUACAGACACGCAAAUGGCUCACGAUACCUGUUGAUGCCUGUGAGGUUCGCUGUCGUCCUUGUGAGGCGCCACCGUCGCAGUCCACUCAACCGGACGACUUCCUGGCGUCAAUCUCUACAUCGACUGGCAGGCCACCAGUUGAUCGGCUACAUGCCGGUCCUAGCGGUGGACCCUCGAGAUGCACGGAGUCGGAGCAGGCGCAAGAUGGAGACAAAUGGUGGACACAUGUUCGGUGGGUUCGGAUUGAAUCGCUCCAACAGCCCAUUGAGGUUGGCCGCGUUGCUAGUCGUUCACUUGGGUACUUUCCUCCACGCCGGAAGAGCAGCAUCAAGGCACUGUCCCCCCUUUCCACUCCUCGCCAGAGCGUCGACCUUUCAAUCCAACCGCUCGACUCGGCAGAACGGGAACGCCCCUUAUUCCGGAAGGGCUCGCUGAGCGGUGGACAACCUCACUCGCCAGUGACCCCAGUAUCGCCGCGCGGUCACACUGCAGACGAUUCCGCUGACAGCAGGCCGGCCUGGAUGCGACGACCGGGAGGAGUAGGGUCCAUGGGUAGGAACAUCCGAACUCCGGGGCCUGCAAAGGACUAUCUUAACUCUUGGACACGAAAACACAUACCAAGUCUCAACAUCGAUGGCCUGCCGUCCAUGUCUGUGAUGGGUGCCGAAACGGCUCGCUUUGGAUUCUCAUCGGAUGUAUCGGGAAUUGUCGAAAGUUCAUACAAGGACGGACAAGACGCUGCUAUCUACACCUCAAGUCAGGGCGGCGGCUUGGAUCGCAUGGCGGCCGCUUUUGAGGGCUGGCUCCGAGGUGCCCUUACCAAACGACCGACGACACCGCUGAAUGGUGCACGGGCCUGGCCAGGGGGAUUGCCGGCAAGAGAAAGACAUGACAGUGAUGUGAUCGAAUUGACAGAUACGGGGAGCGAAGACGGCAGGCACAUCAUUCGCGGUGCUUCGGCCACCUCAAAGGUCCCAUGA